AGUGGAGUGAAGGCGCAUUUGGAGGGAUAACGAUACUCCGCCACUGUGGUGCGAAAAGACAUCGCCGCUGCCGCUCCAGAGACACACCGCUCACCGGAACCGGAGGGACCGCCUCGGCCGUGGCUGUGAGGCGUAAAUGGCCACAACAUUUCCUAAAAGAAGCCGCUGCCCGUGAGACAACCUGUGCACCAAAUGCGUCCUGGAAAUUAGGACGCGCAUUUUGCUUCAAAUUAGACCCUUUUUUUUUAAUCGUACAAGGGAAGUUUCUGGGACCGAUUUUAAUUUUUUUUGAUUUUGAUUUACAGGCUGCAAUCAUGGACGAGGACAACCAAGUACCUGAGGACCUGUCUUUGGAGGAAAGAGAUGAGCUGUCGAACAUACGACGCAGGAAAAAAGAGCUUCUGGAUGAUAUUGAACGGUUGAAGUUUGAGAUUGCAGAGGUAAUGACUGAGAUUGAGCAGCUAACCUGUGUGGGGGAGAGCAAAACCACACAAAGAAACAAACAGAUCGCUAUGGGGAGGAAGAAGUUCAACAUGGACCCAAAAAAGGGGAUCCAGUUUCUUUUGGAGAACGAUCUUCUUCAGAACACCCCAGAGGACAUUGCGCAGUUCCUCUACAAAGGCGAGGGGCUCAACAAAACAGUCAUUGGGGACUACUUAGGGGAACGGGAUGACUUUAACAUCAAGGUCCUGCAGGCGUUUGUGGAGCUUCAUGAGUUUGCAGACCUCAACCUCGUACAAGCCUUAAGGCAGUUUCUGUGGAGCUUCAGACUUCCUGGCGAAGCCCAGAAGAUUGAUCGUAUGAUGGAGGCGUUUGCCUCCAGGUACUGCCAAUGCAAUCCCGGCGUCUUCCAGUCCACAGACACCUGCUAUGUCCUAUCAUUUGCCAUCAUUAUGCUGAAACGACAGAGGCUGCACAGAAUCCAAGUCAGAGACAAGCCCCCCGUGGAGCGCUUCAUCUCCAUGAACAGAGGGAUCAAUGAGGGGGGAGACCUCCCGGAGGAGCUUCUCAGGAAUCUAUACGACAGCAUCAAGAGUGAACCCUUUAAGAUCCCAGAGANNNNCCCAGACAGAGAGGGCUGGCUGCUGAAAUUAGGGGGCAGAGUGAAAACCUGGAAGAGAAGGUGGUUCAUCCUGACGGACAACUGCCUCUACUACUUCGAAUACACAACAGACAAGGAGCCUCGUGGGAUCAUCCCACUGGAGAAUCUCAGCAUCAGGGAGGUGGAGGAGCCCAGGAAACCUAACUGUUUUGAGCUCUACAACCCCAAUCACAAGGGUCAGGUGAUCAAAGCCUGCAAGACGGAGGCAGAUGGGCGUGUUGUUGAGGGCAACCACGUGGUGUACAGGAUAUCAGCGCCCACGCCGGAAGAGAAAGAGGAGUGGAUUAAAUCCAUCAAGGCCAGCAUUAGCAGAGAUCCCUUCUACGACAUGCUGGCCACCAGGAAGAGACGCAUCGCCAACAAGAAGUGAAGAGGGACAAUCUUCUCGACCUCCACCGCCUCCAUCUUUCUCCCCUUCAGUUCGUGAACACAUAAACCACCCACUGCGAAGCUGCUUCACUACAUAAAUGACUUCGCCCUUGAAGACAAACCUCAGUUUCUUCCCUGGACUGUUUACAAGUCAUGUGCACUUGCUGGGGAGACAUCACACACUACUGAGGAGACAGCAGAGCUGCAGGAGACUCAGAUAUAUGGACUUGCAUGGAGCAGCACAUGAGCAACCAACCAGCCAGUUUGUUUCUCCUCCAUCUCAUACACACCCCCUACCUCCCCCUCUCAUGGUCGUACCAUGUUUCUAGGUCUCCCUAAAGCAAAACUGCCAUGUUUCAGGUGCACAUGCAUGCAUGUGGGUUAUUAUAGACCAAUAUGUUUGUGUUUUUGUGUGUGUGUGUGUGUGUGUGUGUGUAUGUGUAUGUGUGUGUAUGCAGCAGUGUGCAUGCUAUCAGUGCACACAGCAUCUACAGUAUGGGUGCAUAAGUCAUACAAGCGUUCCCUCCACUGUGCUUUAUGAAAAAGUGGUAAUUCAAAAUCAGAGUUCAGAUGCAUGGUCAUCUAUACAGGGCACACAAUGUGUGGGUGAAUAAGAGGCGUUUAAAGGAAGGAGGGUGGGAAGAGGAGACAGAUGGACACAUUUUGCGAGGUGGUGGGCAGACCAGUGCAGUGUAACCUCACCUGGACCAUGUCGUCAUCUCACUCUGGUGCUGAAUUCUUCUCUACAGGUGCCAUGGCUGAAGCCCUGCUCAGAGUAACCUCAGAAAACAGCGCUGGCUUACAUUUAGGUUCCUAACAAAGCAUUACAGUCUUGAGUCAGCUGGGCUGAUUUCAUCUAUUUGUGCGGAGCAGAGAAUUUUGAAAUGUGCAUACUUUUUUAUUUUAGUUGAGUAGAAAAUUAGCUUUUGCAGAAGCUUGAGAUUAAACUUGCUUUUUGGAUUUAGAGUUGUAAUCCUUAAGAUUUCAGUCCUGGUUGAUUUAGUGACACCUGUGUUUAAUGGUGGUAACAGCGGGUGUGGUUUAAUGCUACAGCAAACGCUCCUUGAGCAGCCACUUUAUCAGAAAUGCAACAGGAGAGCAGCUGGUGUAUCCGUUUACAGUGCAGGCAAACAAACUCACAUUGUUGUCACAUUAUUGCAAACAUUAUCUGAUUUCAAGCGGCAUGGCACAAGUAGUCACGGCAGUGCAAAGUGUAGUUGGUUACCUUGCUGAGGAGUAGGACAAAAAAAAAGCCAAAAAUUUGCCUCUGGUUUUGUACACAUAUAUUAUUGAUGAAUGAUGUCAGUUAGCACUAACUUUAGUGACAAAUAAAAUGCAUUUCAAUUGAUUUCUUCACAAUAAAAGCCACCCCAUGUUUUGCAGUUGAACACUUUUAAUGUGAAAUGUUUGCAUUAGCAGUAACUUUAUACUCCUAAGAUACAACUGAGAUUGAACAAUAAACAAUGAGGCCCAUGUCCAUGAGAUAUAAUUAAUUACAGUGAAGCAGGAUUACAUGCAUGCAUUGUUUCCUUCCUAGCCAGCAGGAGAAUAGCGGACUCCGCCAUUACCAAUCUAAACUAAUAUUAAAAGCGGUAUUUACAGAGUUUAAAUACAUUAAUUAGCAAUUGCAGAUAAAACGCUGACCAUAAAUAGUAUCAAAACAGGAUUUAAUUAUAUUCAAAUCUUAAGGAUUUCCACUUUAAAAAAAGCUCUUUCCCUUGAGAAAGUCUUUUCAGUCUUGGUAGGUUUUAUUUAUGGCUGUGCAAUGGCCCAAUAUAGGGUACCAGUCUGAUUAAGCUUUUGUUUUCUUGUCUAUGACCUAUGUCAGUGAAGGUCGAUGUAUUGUUGUGAUCCUGUUUGCAUUUGGUUUGUAAUCCUAAAGAUCCUUGCUUGCUUUUUGUGUUCCUCUUUAAAAGUAUAUAAAUAUAACCGACUAUCAUUUUGUAUUUAUUUUCAUUUGUGAAAUGGUUUAAUACUACCUGUAAAUGUUAAACAAUGUAUGCUUAAGUUAUGUAUGUAUAUACAAUGUAUAGGUUUCUGGUCUCUUUGUUGUAGUAUGCACACUCUGUGUAACUUGUUUGAGCCUACAGGCAGACGUUUGCAUCAGCUGAAGUUUGGGGUCUUCUUUACAAAAGCCUUAAACAUAAUCAUAAGAAAACACAUGGUGAUGAUGAUGGUGAUGAUGAUGAUAUUGGUCAAUAACUAUGAUGAUGCUGUUAAAAAGCCAUUAUUAAUGAGUGCGAGAGAUGGUUGUAUUUUACGAUGAUAAAGAUUAUAGUGAAAAUUAUGUUUGAUGUUAAUGACAAUGAUUAUAGUGAAGUAAUAUCAGUGAUGAUGAUGAUGAUGAUGAUGAUGAUGAUGAUGAUGAUGAUACUAUCAUUGAUGAUGAUGUCAAAAACUAUAAACACCAGUAGUUUUCUAUGUGAUUGUAAAAUAAAAUGAAAGCCUUGUGGUCAGGGCAGAAUAUUAUCUUCUACCGCCCUGUGUGGGCUUAUAGUUACAUUAACUUUUAUAUUCUCUGUAAAAGCUAUUGGUCACGUUGUACAUUACGUGUAUCUAUAUAAAGUAUACAUAAAGCUUA